AUGGAUAUACCAACGGAUGUUUGGGGACAGUUGGCUUUAGAAGCUAGUCAAGUUUAUUUGACCGAAGGAGGUCAAAUCAGAAGUCCAUUUGCUAAUACGACUAUAGAAAAACUCCCCGAUAAGGUUUUGCUGAAUAUAUUCUCCUAUUUAACGCAUCGAGAGAUAUGUCGCAUGGCCACGGUAUGCAAGAGAUGGCGGAUGGUCGCGUACGAUACAAAACUAUGGACCCAUGUCAGUUUAAGACCUGAAAUAUCUGGAUUACAUGUAGGCUCUCUUGAAUCGCUGUUGGCAUUAAUAUCAAUAAGAUUUGGCCCUUCCCUUCGGUACAUUGAACUGCCCAUAGAACUCAUAACGCACACAGUUUUGCACGAAUUGGCAGCAAAAUGUCCUAAUUUGACCCACAUGCUACUUGAUUUUAGUACAGCUAUGCAGCUUCACGAUUUCUCAGAGAUGCAGGCAUUCCCGACUAAGUUGCGUUAUUUGUGCAUUUGUUUAUCUGAGGUCAUCUUCAUGGAAGGGUUCAUGAGAAAAAUUUACAACUUCAUCAAUGGACUAGAAAUAUUACACCUUAUCGGGACGUAUGAGAAAGUAGAAGAGGAGGAAGAGGAAAUUUAUGAAGUAAUAAACGUUCACAAGCUCAAGUCAGCGACCCCAAACCUGCGCGUGAUCAACUUGUACGGCAUAAACUUUGUAGAUGAUUCUCAUAUUGACGCAUUCAGCUCUAAUUGUAUUCAGUUGGAAUGCCUCGCAGUAAACUAUUGUAACAAAGUAACAGGUUCCACUAUGAAGACGCUUUUUCAACGUUCGAGAAGGCUUACUUGCUUGCUAAUGAAUGGAUGCAGCCUCCAUUCAGAGUACGUGAUGCAAGUAGAAUGGGAAAAAUCUUCAAUCCAAGAGUUAGAUGUGACGGCCACUGAUUUAUCCACCGAGUGUCUCAUCGACAUGUUGUCGAGGAUUCCUAACCUAAGGUUUUUGAGUGCGGGACAAAUAAAUGGAUUUAAUGAUUCAGUUUUGAAAGCGUGGAUGGAAGCUGGCACGGCGAGGAACUUAGUAGCGCUAGACGUAGAUUCAUCAGAUAACAUCACCGACGAAGCCCUGCACCGCUUCCUGUCGCGCCACGGCAGCCAGCUGUGGGGGCUCGUGAUGAGCGGCAUGCCGCACAUCACCGACCAGCUCUGGCAGAGUGUGCUACAGCUGCUCACUAACGCUAAGAUCCUUAUCAUGGGCACGCAAGAGCGUCUUGGGGUUAACAUUCACGUAGAUCAGCUAAUGGACGGCAUCGCUAACAGCUGUCCGAAUCUAGAGCGUCUCGAGCUGCGCUGGGACCCAGAAAACUUACGUUUCAGCGACAAAAGUCAGAAGGCAAUUGAUAUUCUUCGCGUGAAAUGUGUUAAAAUGAAGUGCCUUGUGCUAAGCGACGGCCGCUACUACGAGAUCGUGAAAGCUAACUUCGAGCGAGCAGACCGCACGACCGUCGUGAGGACGUCAACUAACUGCAGGGUUUCCAACUAUUACUUAUUAUCAAAUUAUAAGGAUUUAAUAUUUAAU